AUGAAUACAAUAAUUUUAACAGGAGCAAAAGCUUCUCAAAGAGUAAGUUAUAUUCUUCAACCAUUAUAUUCAUCUUCUUGCUUUGUAAGAUAUGCUUCGAUCAAUUCUGGCAUAAACCGUGGGCUUCGAAAGUCUAAAGGAAUUGGGUUUAGAGGAAAGGAUAAAGGACGUCCCAGUCGAGAAGAUGAUGGUGGUGGUCGAGGGUUUCAAAUUCCUGGAUCGAAUUCAUAUUCAAAGCCCCGGCAGGAUAGGGGCUCCAGUGAUGACUUUGGAAGCAAGAGCAAAUCUAUGCACACACGAGUCAAGGGCAAUGGCCGGGACGAUGCAUUGAAGUCAGAGUAUAAGACACCUUCUCCCUUCGGAAAUCGUCAGGGUAGGGAAUACUACAAGGAGGGAGACUCUGAAAAUCCCCAGAAAUUUCGGGCCAAAACCUCGUAUGGGGGAGAAUCUUCUGACAGGUACAACGAAUCACGAGGAAGCAAAUCUGGUUACGAGAAGAAAUCAUAUGGUUCUUUUGAGGCCCGGGACGAACGCUCUGGUUAUGAAAAGAGAUCUUCCAACAGGUCUCACGAGCCUCCAGAAAGACGACGUUUCGAUGAGAAGAAUUAUGAGCGCAAAUCUCGUGACAAUAGUUCUCAGGAUGAGCCAAAGUCUUACUUAAACCUUGAGAGAGCGAACAAAUCCUUCGGGGCAGUGCGUGAUAGCUCAACAAAAUGGAGUAAGGGUCAUACAUACCCUUCAAAAUAUCCUUCUCGCGAAGAACGGCUAGCGACAAAAGCCACCAGAUCUGAAAAAUCUACAGAAUCUGCUCCCUCAGAACCUUCCUCGGAAUCUCAUUCUAGUUUUUCGCCACCCAAGAUAAGUUCCACUUUUGCCCAAAAGAUGCCCAUCACCAUCCCAUACACGACACCAGCGUCUGAAUUUCUCUAUGGAACAUCUGUCGUCGAAGCUGCCUUGAACGCUCGACGCAAAAGAAGCAGAAAGCUCUACAAGCUUUACAUUCUCAAGGGUGAAGAUCGCCAAAAUGCAGAGCGAGACGGUGCAAUAGCCAAGUUAGCUCAAAAGAAAGGAGUCGAAGUUGCUAUAGUAAGAGGGCACGACUGGCUACGAACCCUAGACAAGAUGAGUCAAGGCCGUCCACACAACGGUUACAUACUCGAAGUUUCGCCUCUCCCUCGCCUCCCACUACUAAGUCUCGGCUCAAUAAUCGACCAAGAUGAUAGCUUCGCGAUUAAACUUACCCCUGACCACCAAUCCCGGGAAGAGAUCGAAGUCAACGGUAACGACACCAUAAUCAAAGUCGCCAAAGAUUCCACUGGUCGUAAACCCCUUAUUCUUCUCUUAGACAGCAUAGAAGAUCCCCAAAAUCUCGGCGCCAUCCUGCGCACAGCACUAUUCAUGGGCGUAACAGCCGUCGCGAUCUCCACCCGCAACAGCGCCUCCUUCACCCCCAUCGUCUUCAAAGCCUCCGCCGGCGCCGCCGAAAACGUUGAGAUCUUCUCCGUAAACAAACCUGGAGGAUUCAUCAAAGAUUCUCAAGCCGCUGGCUGGAAAAUCUACGCAGCAGUCGCACCACCUGCUCCUCGAAAAGCAGAUUCGCGACACAUGUGGCCCUCCACUUCUCAAGAAUUUGUCUGGACCCACGAUCUCCAAGAUCCUCUACGAGAUGAUCCUUGUAUCUUGAUGGUUGGAGGCGAAGGCGAGGGUCUGCGCAAAGCUUUGAGAGAUCACGCCGAUGUGCAUCUUUCGAUCAAGGGCGCAGGUAACCGUGGCAGACUCGAUAGUUUGAAUGUUAGUGUAGCAACUGGCAUGCUAUGUGAUGCAUUCAUGAGACAAACAACUCGAAAGACUGUUGAGGAAGCAGUCCAGGAAGUUGAAAAGGAAUCGGAAGAGUUGGAUGAAAAUCAGCUUUUCUGA